AUGCUGCUGCGAACGAAUUUGGCCAAGAAGUCUAAUGCGAAAUGCCCAAGCUUCAUUUUUAUGAACAGAAAUGUUAACGGAAUACUAAAGAGGUAUGUUGCAUCGCAACCGUUGGGGAUAAAUCUGCCGGAACCACCACCAAGGGAAUUUUUGCCAAAUGGGGAACCCAAAACGUAUCGUCUUAACCAGAGGUAUUACAACCAUAAAUACAAUUGGGAAAGAUGGACCUUAAGACCGGCUGGCGUUUUUCACACGUAUUUACAAGGAGAAUUUGCAAAAGACCAUAGGCCCCUAUUAGCGUGGUUACUACAGUACCCUUUGCCUUUGGCCUUUAUUCCCUAUUUUUUAUUUGCCUUUGGUUUGUCCUUUACAUUUCACCAUGUGUCCUAUUUGGGCAUAAAACCAAAGAGAUUUACCGUCGAGUGGGUGGAGGCUAAUAAGGCAAGAGAACGAGCUGAAAACACCAACCCUGUUACGAGGUAUCUCGAUCGAAGAAGAAAAGAAAGAGGACCGCACUGGAUUCUGGAGGACUUUAUGCCUCCUCACCCGUGUUACUUACACAUGAGUAAGUAUCACCACGAUACAGAGCUUUUGCGAAAGAGGGAGGAAGAGGCUGCAGAAAAGGGCGGGGAUUAG